AUGAUGUCAAUUAUGGCUGGGAUAGUAACAGCAUUUAGUGGUUAGCCAGCAACAGUUAGUGUAGUUACUGUAGCUUAUAUUAGAUAUUUAGUAUUACUUAGUAAUAUCAUUCCAGUAGCUAUUUGAUUUAAAUUUUAGAUAUCUAUGAGAGUUAACUUAGAAUUUGCAAAAUUGGUUUAUUCUUAUAAAAUCAAUUUUGAUCCUUAAAUUGAAGGAACAAUUACUAGAAAUUCAAAUAUCCCAGAGUCUCUUGGGAGAAUACAAUAUCUAUUAAGUGAUAAAACUGGAACUUUGACUUAAAUGAUAUGAUUUUCAAAAAAUUGUCAUUGACAUCAGCUUAAUUUUCAGAAGAAGAUAAAGAUGAAAUGAAAAAAGUUUUAUUAGAACAAUGCAAAAUAAAUGAAUAUCCUUUAUAAGAUGUUGUCAAUUUUAUAAAUAAAAACAAUACAAAUUGAGAUUAAAAAGAGAAAGAGAUUAAGUUUUUAGAGAUUUAAUGUUUAUGUCAUAAUGUG